AGUCAUGAAUAAUAUGAAAAUCUGUGAUUGACUUCUCAGUUUCUGUAAAAAUUCACAGUAGUACAGUGGCUGAGAAAACGCUACAGACACAGUACGAUCUGUACGGCUGUUUAACCAGACACCAUCCAGCACAAGUGUCAUUUGGCUGCGGCCUGCGUAUAAAACGAUUUAUUUACUUAUUUGCAUGCAUUUUGACGGAUUUCAGAUUACUAGCACUUUUAAUCAUUUGUUUUGACUGGCAAUUUGAGUACUUGAAUUAGAUUAAACCUGUGUAUAGAUUAUCAUUUAUGUCCAAAUAUUUUGCACGCUGUGCAAGACAUCUGCAGUAUUCUGUAAUUAUGGAUUGCGCAGGAUGAAGAUCAAAGCGCAAAGGAAAAACUACGGGACAUGUCUUGGAACUGUGUUAUCGGAAUAUUGAUUUGCUUUAAGAGUUUAGACCACCAACUGAGUUUGUAUGUGUUGUUUGCAACAGUACAGCUCCGGCUGUCGAACGUUGACGCUUAUCCAGUCUAUCAUUUUCCAUUCGACGAACGUAAUGGUUAACUCGGGUAAACUUAAACGAAUCCAUGACAAACCUUUGAAUAAUUCAUUGCGUGCUUUGGUUCUCGACAAGGCAAUCCGCCGUUUCUUUUCCUCGUCGCAGGAGUCAACUUAGUUAUGGACAACUCGAUACUUACUUGCAGUCGGCGGAUAAUGUGACUAAUCGGCGUGUGUUGUGUAGCCAGCCUGUGAGAUGCUGGUUUGCGGUAUCGUUGCAUUGGACAUUCCGUUGCGUUCCGCUCGGCGAUGGGCUAGCGGUUGUUGCGUGGUUAUGAACGGGUCAUGAAAACCUUCUGGAAAUGGUGGGGCCGAUGGAAGACUCAGUUUCCAUCCAAACACCAUCGAUGGAAAACUUGUUUUCGACGCUUUCUGCGGCGGCGGCGUUGGCUGUUACUGUUGUUGUUUUUUGCCACUCUCUGUGGCUUCCUAAUACGCAGCGCGCCCGAAGAAAUGGAUAUUGCGUCCUACCCGAGAAGCCUGAUCGGCUCACACGGUCCGGUCACUGUGCAAGUGGACGGGCGUGUUGUGGUUCCUACCAAACAUGAUUGCUCACAUUUUUCCUGCUUUGAUGUGUAUCGGUGUAACGCGUUGAAUGAUUAUCGCAGUUUAGUAUUUUUCUACCCCGAUACCCAAUUUUAUCAUCGUGGAAAACCUUUGAAUUCCGAAGCAAGCUCUUCUUUUCAUGCAUUUCGGAGCAUCGUCAAAAAAAGUGUGUUUAAUACGGAAAGCCAAUCCGAUGCCUGCAUAUUCAUACCUCCCGUAGAUUUUUUGUAUCCUGAUUUUUCAUCUGCACGAAACCUGUCGUUAGCUUUGGCCGCAUUGAAAAGGUGGAACGACGGAAGUAAUAGCCUGAUAUUUACCUUGAAACCACGGGCAUCUUUGCCGACUGGGAUGCAUUUGGGUGCAGCAAUGGUUGCAGCACCGGGAUUCACUCUGAAAUCCUACAGGAAAGAAUUCGAUAUCAGUGUACCAUAUUUUCACCCUGCACCCUACCGAAAAGUUUGGCCUAAUCGAUCACGCGCAAACCGACGAUGGAUGUUGACGCUGAUCACGGUUGAUCGGGAUCAAAUACCUGAUGAUAACACAAUUGUUACUUUAAUGAAAUCUCAGUCUGAGAGAAUGUUGCGUUUAUCCCUCCGCGUUGCGCCUAAUGGAGAAAUUAUUGGAGCUUGUAAGUUGUCUGACGUAUCCUGUCGCUAUCCGGAGAUCCUUCUGGAUUCGCAUUUCUGUAUAAUAGCUGGAGCAUCUGCUAUGACACUGUUAGGCGAUCUUUUAAUGAUGGGAUGUAUUCCCGUCAUCGCUAAUAGUGCCAUAAUUAUGCCUUUUGCCGACAAUCUGGAUUGGCCAAGGUCGGCAGUAUUCUUGCGUCCCGAUCAACCAAGUGAUGUGAUUGAGCGGCUGCAGGCUAUCGAUAAAUCUGUGAUUGGCGAGAUGCGGCAGAUCGGCUUGUAUUUUUGGGAGCAAUAUUUUAGUUCAAUGGAGAUUAUUGUGGAGACUGUACUGCAAGCCCUUAACGAUCGUAUCUUUCCCAAAGCCGCCAAGAGUUAUGAGCAAUGGAAUCUGGCAGCGAAACGAAUUUCCCAUCAGGCACCGUUGUUUUUACCCGGUAUAAUGCCGAAAUCGCUCGGCUUCACCACUGUAAUCCUAACGUUCGAUCGACUUCCCAGCCUCUUCCAGCUGAUUUCCCAUGUAGCCAAGUGUCCCAGUCUGGCUAAGAUUCUGGUGAUGUGGAAUGAUCAGGAUGCCCAGCCGCCUUCCGCUGAAAAAUGGCCUCAAAUAAAUAAACCGCUCAAGGUUCUGCAGACCAAAGAUAAUGAUUUAAAUAAUAGGUUUUUACCGUAUGACGACAUUGAAACGGAGGCGAUUUUAAACCUUGACGAUGACAUAUUAAUGCUUACUGUAGACGAAAUCGAAUUUGGAUACCAGGUUUGGCUGGAGCACUCCGACCGAUUGGUUGGGUUUCCAUCGCGGCUUCAUUUAUGGAAUGGUUCCAACCAUGCAUGGGAAUAUAGUUCUGAAUGGUCUAGUAGAUUGUCCAUUGUGCUUACCGGCGCUGCCUUUUAUAAUAAGGUAUACAAUCAGUAUUACUCGUUCAAGAUGCCUCGUUCCAUCCGAGACUUUGUGCGAGAGCAUAAAAAUUGCGAGGAUAUUGCAAUGAAUUUCCUAAUUGCCAAUCUUACGGGAAAGGCUCCUUUAAAAGUUGGGCCGCGAAAGAAAUUUCGUUGUCCCGAAUGCUCAAACAUGGAUAUGCUUUCCGCAGAUGCCGGCCACUUGUUAGAAAGAUCUCAUUGUAUAAAUUUCCUUAUCUCUGUCUACGGCUACCUGCCUCUGUUAACGGUGGAGUACCGCGCGGAUCCCACUCUUUACAAAGAAAGCGUUCACCAUAUUGAAGAGGCGUAUCCUCACAUUGGUGCCUUGUGAUUCUUUUUUAUCUUUUUAUUUGUUGUCGUUUGACCCUUGAUUGUUGUUAAUUGAAAUUCCGUUCUUUAAAAUUGAGAUUUAAGGAACGGUAAAGCGUGUUGGUUUAGUUGCUGUCUCAUAGGGAAGAGUAGCGUCGUCACGUCGUGUAAACGAACUGCAGGAGUAAAUCUUGAAAC